AUGAACAUGUUUCAAUUUGAUGCCUCUUCGUACUCAUUUUAUCACCUGCUUUUUCGCUUGCCCGGAGUUGCCCCCAUCCUCGUCCGGCUUGAAGACCAAGAUACAGAAAUUCACUGCUCUUGCCCUUCACCGCACCAAGCUCCAUCCAUUGGUCCACUCGCCACCAGAACUGUCUUCACAUUUAAGCGCUUGAUCGGCCGCAAGUUCAAGGACGUGGAGGUCCAGGAGGACAUGAAGCACUGGUUAGGUGUUCAAGAUGCUCGACCAGCUGUCGAGGUUGACAUCGGUGGCGAGAGACAACAAUUCAGUGCUGAGGAGUUAUCGUCCAUGGUACUUACCAAGAUGCGUGAGACCGCCAGGCAGUAUCUCAACAAGAAAGUCAAUCAUGCGGUCAUUACGGUCCCCGCAUACUUUAACGAUGCGCAACGGCAGGCCACCAAGGACGCUGGUCAAAUCACUGGCCUUGAGGUUCUUCGAGUCAUCAACGAGCCGGCGGCCGCGGCACUGGCAUAUGGCCUUGAUCGUACCGAAUCAUCAGUGAUUGCCAUGUACGAUCUUGGCGGUGGUACUUUUGAUAUCUCCAUCCUGGAGAUGCACAAAGGAGUCUUCAAGGUCAAGUCCACCAAUGGAGACACCCACUUUGGUGGCGAGGACUUUGACAUCGCUCUUGUUACCCACAUCCUCAACGAAUUCAAGAAAGAGUCGAGCAUUGACCUCAAUCAAGACUGCAUGGCCAUUCAGCGCAUUCGUGAGGCUGCCGAAAAGGCCAAGAUUGAAUUAUCAUCCACGACGCAGACCGAAAUUAACUUGCCAUUCAUCACCACGGACGCAACCGGUCCAAAGUACAUCAACUUGAAGUUGAACCGCACUCAAUUUGAGACCCUUACCGGCCCUCUGAUCCAACGUACCGUUGAUCCCUGCAAGAAAGCGUUGUCCGAUGCUGGAGUCAAGUCUAGUGAGGUGAACGAAGUCUUCCUCGUUGGUGGUAUGACCCGCAUGCCUAAGGUCGGUGAGUCCGUGAAGUCGAUCUUCAGUCGUGAGCCGAGUAAAGGUGUCGAUCCUGAUGAAGCCGUUGCCAUUAGUGCUGCUAUCCAGGGUGGUGUUCUCGCCGGAAAUGUCACCGACAUUCUACUUCUCGACAUCACCCCACUCUCCCUCGGCAUUGAGACUUUCGAUGGUAUCAUGACAAAACUCAUCAACCGCAGUACGACCAUCCCAACGAAGAAGUCGCAAGUUUUCUCUACCGCUGCCGAUGGCCAGACCGCCAUUGAGGACAAGAUUUUCCAGGGUGAACGUGAACUCGUCAGGGACAACAAACUCCUUGACAACUUCAAUCUCGUCGGUAUUCCGGCCCCGAAGGGCGUCUCUCAAAUUGAGAUCACUUUCGACAUCGAUGCUGAUGAUAUCGUCCACGUCACCGCCAAGGAUAAGGCAACCAACAAGGAUCAGUCUAUGACGAUCGCGUCUUUGUCAGGUCUGAGCGACAAGGACAUUGAGUGCAUGAUCUCUGACGCUGAGAAGUAUGCCGAUGUGGAUAAGGCCCGUUGGGAACUCAUCGAGGAAGCAAACAAGGGCGAGUCAGUCUGUGUCGACACAGAGAAGGCAAUGAACGAGUUCAAGGAGCAGCUUGAUGCUGCCGAGAGGGAGAAGGUGCCUCCCGGCGAUGCUUCUGUCACUGCCGAGCAAAUCGAGGAGAAGAUCGGCGAGACUCAACAAGUUUCGCUAGGCCUUUUCCAGAAGGUGUACGAGAAGCGCGGCGCAGAGAAUGCGUCCUCCACGCAGUUAACGCAAGGCUCUGAGGACACGCCCCCCACGCUCUUCCUUGUCCUACUUAUACUUCCGUCUGCCACAGGUCUACUCGAGGUAGUCAGAUCUCUGAGCUGUAGUAUGGGUAUCUUCAUAUUAUGA